GGCACCGUGUUAUCGUAUCACGUGACAACGGUACUUCAAAAUAAAACUUGCAGAAAGAUGGCGGGAUUUUUAAAUGCAAUGAUGGAGGGGGUUUUGAAUGCUGUGGACGUAGCACAAGCCAGCAUCAAACCGUUCAAAGUCACAACGGUCAAACUAGAUGAUUACAAAAAGCUACCUAUAAAAGCAGAAGAUGCCGAUGGUCACAUGACCUUGUUUAAGCGACCUGGCUCAAUGGAGUGCGUGCUUUCCAAUAAAGUUGAUAAAAGUUUUAGUAUAUUCCGCUUGACCAAUGAAACAGAUGCUCUCACUUAUUUCCGACAGUACAGUUCAAUAAUCAAACCUCUAACACUAGCCAGCAGCUCUAUAUAUGAUGAAGGCAGGCUACAGAAAAUAUCGGACACCAUCAAGGAGUACCCCCUAUGGAAACCUGUCCACAUCGCCGCUUAUGUUGGUUUAUACGAAUGCUUCCACUACGACGUAAUCAAGAGAGAUGUAAAUCACCAAGUGACAAAGACACUGCUUUCCCCAUUAAUGACAGCUGUUCAGGGCAAGAACGAACAGUGUGUGACUGGGCUGCUGAACUUGGGGGCGAGACUAGACUUACAGGACCAGCACGGAGACACAGUGUACCACCAUGCUGUCCUAUUUUAUCCAGAGAUUAUUCCGAUAUUGGCAAAAAAUGAUAACCCAAAUAGCGCUGACAGAGUUGUAAAUUACCUGAACCAUAAAGGAUGGACGGCUCUAUCCAGUGCAUGUCAGAAGGGGAAAUCUGACAUUGUGGAGUUGCUUCUAGAUGCAGGGGCCAAUCCUAAUGUCACUGCUCAGGAACUGUUUCCCAUCCACUAUGCUCUUAAAAAUGACGACAACAAGUCAGUAGAACUCAUAUUUAAAAGAUUUCAUGAUCAGCUUUCAAAAACAGAUGGAAAGUAUGGAGGUACAGCUUUGCAUUGGGCUAGAAACAGACAGAUGGUUGAGAAACUCUGCAGAGAGAAAGCUGACAUGAAUGUGAAGAGCAAUACAGGUCACACGCCCCUACACAUCAUGCAGGAGAAGGGUCGGGCGGACUGUCUGAUGGAACUGUUGUGUUGGGGAGCGGAUCCAAGCAUCGGAGACGACGAUGGAAACACUCCUCUACACAUUGCAGUCAUUAAAGAUAAUGUUGAGAUGGUGAAGAACUUUGUUGUAUAUGGUGCUGAUGUCAAUGUCAAAAACAAGAAGAACCAAAGUCCCCGGCAUUUAGCUAGUACUUCAAACGGGAAAAACAAGGAGCUAAUUUUGUACAUGUUACAUGUAUCUGGUGCCUCGAGGUGCAAUGACCAAAUGAAAAAUUGUCUUGAAGGGUGUUAUGUGAAUGGAAAUAAGGAUGGAAAACCAGAUGAACACAUAAAUCAACUUUUAGAACGGGAUCAAAGUGGCCUUCUAGAUGAAAUGUUAUCAUCAAUGUGUGAACCCUUCGGCCAGCUGGAUGGAUCAGACAAAGACCCAGGAUACAGGCUUUUAUCUUUGGAUGGAGGGGGGAUCAGAGGAAUUGUUCUUUGUCUAAUGUUGAUUGCGAUUGAGAAAGAGGUUGGGAAACCCAUUAAGGAGUGUUUUGAUUGGAUAGCUGGGACAAGCACUGGGGGGCUCCUAGCUCUGGGAAUAUGCACAGGUAAACCUUUAUCAUACAUCAGAGGUCUCUAUCUGAGGCUUAAAGACGAGGUGUUUGUUGGAUCACGGCCGUAUCAAAGUGAUAACUUCGAGGCAAUGCUGAAACAAGAGUUUGGAGAGGAUACAGUCAUGACAGAUUUCAAAAAUCCAAGAACUAUAGUGACAGGGGUACUGGCAGACAGACAUCCCACCAAACUUCACUUGUUUAGAACCUACAAACCAACACUUCAACAGCUAGAGGUCAAGGGGAUUUGUCAGAGAGAAGGAAGCAAAAAGAAGAGGGAUUCAAAAUCAAAGGACAAGAGGCAGUCGUGCAAGGAGGAAGAUUUGUUUUGUCCAGCCCCUCCCAAUGAGCAAAAGGUAUGGGAAGCAGCCAGAUGCAGUGGUGCAGCACCCACCUACUUUAAGGCCUUUGGUCCGUACAUUGAUGGAGGCCUGGAUGCCAAUAACCCAACCUUAGAUCUGAUGACAGAAAUACACGAAUACAACUGUGGAUUGAAACUGAGAAAUGAGCCACAUUUAGUUCGCCCCAUUGGUGUUAUGGUCUCCCUUGGUACAGGGCAGGUCCCCAUUAGAGCAGUGGACACAGUGGAUGUCUACCGGCCAGAGGGAAUCUUUGAUGUCACCAAGAUUGCCAAAGGAAUCUCAAACUUAAUCAAUCUAAUGGUAGACAAGGCAACAAUUGCCGAAGGUCGGCCGGUAGACAGAUCUAGAGCUUGGUGUGGAAUGCUUGGAGUCCCUUUCUACAGAUUUAGUCCUCCAAUAUCAGAGGUAGAAAUGGAUGAACAUGACAAUCAGAAACUCACUCAGCUGAUGUGGGAAACGCAGUGCUAUAUUGUGGCGAACAGGGAUCGCAUUAAAAGACUAGCGUCAUACCUCAGACGCGAGUCAUAAACGUUUCAUUUUCAUUUAUUUAUCAUUUCUAUAUAUAAAUAAUUGAAUUGUAUGUAUGAUGAAAAUAGAGUGUAGAUUUGAUCAUUCCAUAGGAUUACAGUAAAACUCAUUUAGUACAAACACAGAUAUAGCGAAGUUUUGUGAAGUUUUUGUGAAGUUGUAAAUUUUCUUACAAAUCAUUGCAAACUUUAAAGGUUGUAACAAAUCUACAGACUUAGCGAAUCAAGUUUGAGUCCCAUAGA